AUGGAUCUUUACGAGAAGCUGGAGAAGGUCGGGGAGGGGACGUACGGAAAGGUGUAUCGAGCCAGGGAGAAGGCCACCGGGACGAUCGUGGCGCUUAAGAAGACGCGGCUCCCCGAGGACGACGAGGGAGUGCCGCCGACAACACUACGCGAGGUCUCCCUCCUCCGUAUGCUCUCGAUGGAUCCACACGUCGUCAGGUUCCGUCUCUAUUUUCUGUCAUAUUUUCUUCCAAUCUCUUCUAAUUGGAUAGUCAUUGGAUUUGGUCUCUCUCCUGACGAUUUCUAAGUUCAUCUGAGCCGCCUAGGGGUCUAGCCUGUUAUUUACUUAUCUCUUCACCGCGAUCUGCCAGAUUAUACAAGAUAUCUCUUAGAUUGCACCGCGUUAACUUCCAGUUGCCAUCUAUGGUUGGUUCGACGUUCUGUUUUCUGUUUUGGAGUUCCAGGGAUAUCCAGAGACACAUAGCUUUCUCCCCAUCGCCGGGGGUCUCGUUCUGUCUCUGUUUCUGCAACUUCUAUAGAAAGAAGUCGUUUCUCUUUCCCUGCUAAUUGACGAUGUAUACAGAUCAAUCACAAAUCGUUUUCCACCAGGUUGCUGGAUCUCAAACAGGGGAAAAAUAAAGAGGGAAAGACCAUCCUGUACCUGGUUUUUGAGUACAUGGACACCGACCUCAAGAAGUACCUCAGAAGCUUCCGACAGAAAGGGAGCAUGAUGCCGUCUAAAACUGUGAAGGUAGGGUCUGGAUCCUUUCAGUCACCCCCCUUCCGGUGCACAUUUCACGUUCACUCACAAGAAGAAAAUCGUUCGUAGACUCUGAUGUACCAGCUCUGCAAGGGUGUUGCCUUCUGCCAUGGCCAUGGAGUACUGCACAGGCAUGUAUCCUCUCUUCCUAUGUGCCUUCACCUAAGCUAGUCAAUCUCUUCGCUGAACGAUAAUCUCUCUUCUGCAGAGAUUUAAAGCCUCAUAAUCUGUUGAUGGACAUGAACACUAUGAUGCUCAAGAUAGCGGAUCUUGGGCUCAGCCGAUCAUUCACAAUCCCCCUGAAGAAAUAUACUCACGAGGUACGCUAUGAAAAAUGAUCUCAUGCUCGUGGAGUUGAAUUGACAACAUUUUCUGAUACCUCUUCACUGUUUAAUUAUUUUUCUCCACUUUUUCUCUUUAUAGAUUCUGACCUUGUGGUAUAGAGCCCCUGAGGUGCUUCUCGGGUCAACCCACUACUCAACACCCGUUGACGUGUGGUCUGUUGGCUGCAUCUUCGGUAGGAUUUUGUGAAAAAAAAAUCAGCCUUGUUAGUCGAACUGGAGUGACGAUUAUAAUCCAAUGGGUUUCUCUCUGGCAGCUGAACUGAUCACCACGCAAGCGCUCUUCCCUGGGGAUUCUGAGCUGCAGCAGCUCCUCCAUAUUUUCAGGUUUGCCAUGAUCCACUUCAUUGUUUCCAAUAAAAAUUUAGUCGUGUAAUCUAAUAAUAUUCUGGGCUAUUGACGACGGUGAUGCAGACUACUGGGCACACCGAACGAACAAGUGUGGCCUGGUGUGAGCAAGCUGGCGAAUUGGCACGAGUAUCCUCUGUGGAGCCCAAAGAGCCUGUCCUCAGUUGUGCCUUGUUUGGAUGCCGAUGGGUUGGAUCUACUCUCUGUAAGUACCACCAAAAACCUCCCUCAAAUAACGAAUGUAACCUUAGACAUCUAGUAUCAGAACGGUAGAUUUUUUUUUAGGUUUUACGAACAAAAUCAUCCGGAAUGAGUGUUUCAUAUAGUUUUUGUUUGAAAAAUUCAAGAUUUAUGCAAACAUUUACAGAGAACUAGUUCGUCUAGGGUCCACUAUUCCUGAUUUUAUGAACAAAAUCAUCCGAAAUGAGUGAUUCCUGAUUUAAAGGGAACGACAUAUAGGUUUUACUUCGGUUGACCAGUUCGUUUGGUGAUGCAAUUGACAAAAAAUGAACGACGGGGAGAGGGAGAGAGAGAGAGAGAGAGAGAGAGAGAGAGGGAAGAGUGUGAGCGAGAGGAGAGAGUGAGAGGGAUUUGCUUAUUGCGGAGGUUGUCUUUGAGCAGUUCAAUUUAUUUAUUUAUUUAUUUUAAUUCUGCAGAAAAUGCUGCAAUAUGAUCCAUCGAAAAGGAUCUCAGCCAAGAAAGCGAUGGAGCACCCUUACUUCGACGAUUUGGACAAGAUAGGUCUCUGA